AUGGCUUAUCCAUAUAAUAAAAUAUCACCUGUUCAAAAUCAACCUGCUUAUCAAUAUCAACAAACAUUUCCAAAUUAUAAUCAACCAUAUCAAGAUAAUAAUAAUUUGAUUCCUCAACCUCCUGUACCUAAUGCGAACAUUCAACAACAACAAAAUGUUAAUGCACCAUCAGCUGAAGCAGCUCCAGCUAUAUUUAAUAAAUCUCCAUCUAAUUGGAAUGAUCCACCAUUUCCAUCAAGUCAAUCAGCCAAAAAAAAUAAUCCAAGUGGAGCACAAAUAUAUCAAGCAGGUGGUCAACCUAAUGUCUAUCCACCUCCACCACAUCAAAUUCAUCGUCAAACUCCUACACCACCACCACCUCAAAAUAUGGGAUAUCAUGGUGGUGGUACAUUGGGUGACAGAACACAUAUUCCAACUCAACAUAAACCUAUAUUUGAUAUAUUAAAUAAUGAAUUUAUUAAAGUUCGACAUAAUUCUCAACCUUCACAAAAAAGAAUGCUGGAUGACACAGAAAAACGUCUCAACAUUCUUUUCGAUGCAUUAAAUAAUGAGGAUAUAUCACCUGAAGUAAUUGAAACAUUGACGGAUUUGGUUCGAGCCUUGGAAGCACGUGAUUAUUUAAAGGCUAAUAAUUAUCAAGUCCAUCUAAUGACCACUAAAAUGGAUGAGUGCACGAAAUGGUAA